AGCAUAUUGAAUAUUUUUUAAUAAAACAAUAUAAAAAGUUGAAUUGACCCAAGGUCUUUUUGUCAUGCUAAAAAUGGGUUGUAUUGCAUGAAAAGACUAAAAACUAGGCUUUAAGGAAUAAAAGUUAAUUAUGCACAUAUUUUAAUAAUUGAGUACUUGUGUAUGUGUAAAUUAUUGUAUAUAGAAUGUCUUCUCGAAAAUCAUUUUUCUUUGGUUUAUUAAUUGCAAGUAUUAUUUGGGCAAUUUGUUUAUACAUUUAUAUGAAUGCAUUGCAACCGUAUGAGACACCAACAUUUUCACCGUCAAUUGAACAAUCGUUGAACAAUCAAAAAAAAUCAAAAUAUCAAAAAAAGUUUAAGUAUAAUAAUAAUAAUGAAUUGAAUUUCAUCAAUGAGAAAAUUGAUCGAAAAUCAAUGUAUAAAAAAUACAUAAAUAGUGAUAAAUUAGUUAAUCAAUUACAAGCGGUUAAUUUUAAUAUAUCUAAUAGUAUCGACCAAGAUUCUCAACUAUCUCAACUGGGAAUGGUUAAAACGGAGGAAGAUAAACGAAAACGUGAUGAUGGUUAUAAAAAUUAUGCGUAUAAUACGUUAAUUAGUGAAACAAUUGGUUAUUCUCGACAAAUACCUGAUACAAGGAAUCAAUUAUGUCGAGAAAAAAAAUAUCCAGAAAAAUUACCAUCGACAAGUGUAAUUAUUUGUUUUUAUAACGAACAUUUAGUAACGUUAUUGCGUACAAUUCAUUCGAUAUUAGAUCGUACUCCGAAACAGUUACUACACGAAAUUAUCUUGAUAGAUGAUUAUUCCGAUAUGAUAACGUUACAUUCGGAUGUAGAACGUUAUAUUAGUCAAAAUAUGGAAGACAAAGUUAAAUUAUUUAAGACUGAUCGGCGUGAAGGUUUGAUUCGAGCACGUAUCUUUGGUGCAGAUAAAGCUACAGGCGAGGUGAUUGUGUUUUUAGACAGCCAUGUUGAAGUGAACAAAGAUUGGCUGGAACCAUUAUUAGAACGUAUUGCCUAUUCGAGCACAAUAAUUGCAGUGCCUGUAAUUGAUAUUAUAAAUUGUGAUACAUUCGCGUAUACCUCCAGCCCGUUAGUACGCGGUGGAUUUAAUUGGGGCUUACAUUAUAAAUGGGAUAAUUUACCAAAAGGAACAUUAGAUAAAGAUGAAGAUUUUAUAAAGCCAAUAAAAUCACCAACGAUGGCUGGUGGAUUAUUUGCUAUUAAUCGUGAAUACUUUUAUAAACUAGGUGCGUACGAUCGUGGCAUGGAUAUUUGGGGUGGUGAAAAUAUCGAAAUAUCUUUUCGGGUGUGGAUGUGUGGUGGAUCUUUAGAAAUUAUACCAUGUUCGCGUGUUGGUCAUGUAUUUAGACGAAGAAGACCGUAUGGAAAUCCAAAUGGUGUAGAUACCAUGCUACACAAUUCACUUAGAGUCGCCUUUGUUUGGUUAGAUCAAUAUAAGGAACAUUUUUUGAAAAAUAAUCCAUCAGCUAUACAAAUAAACUAUGGUGAUGUUAGCGAACGUUUAAGUUUACGAAAACAAUUAAAAUGUAAAUCAUUUGAUUGGUAUUUGAAAGAAAUUUAUCCAGAAUUAGAACUGCCAACAGAUACUGAAGAACGUUUACGUCAAAAAUGGUCAGCAAUAGAACAGAAUAAAUUUCAACCAUGGCAUUUACGAAAACGAACAUAUGUGGAUAAAUUUCAAUUACGUUUUACAAAUUCAAGUUUGUGUAUUGGAACAGUUAAAGAUCAUAAAACAAAAGGAACAUUGCUCUCAUUGCAACGCUGUAAAACAAUUACAAAGCAAAUGUGGUAUGAAACCGAUAAGAAAGAAUUUGUUGUUGGGCAAAUGUUAUGUUUAGAAGCAAGUGAAAAUUUACCACGGGCUAUGAAAUGCCAUGAAAUGGGUGGAAAUCAAGAAUGGAAACAUAAUGGCGGUCGUGAUAAUGGUCCUAUUUAUAACAUGGCGGUGGGUAUGUGUUUAGGUGUAAGUGAUUCAGUGCAAGAAGGUGUUAUUGUUGAAAUGGUGAUGUGUACAAGUACGUUUAAAAAUCAGUGGGAUAUUUUAAGAAUAUAAUGUAUUUAUUAUGUAGUUUUUAACAAGGUUGCCAGAAAUUGCUAUUUUUCCGGAAUCAGGCCAUUUUAAUAAUAGUGUAAGCGUGCUACUUUUAACAAAAAAAUCGUUACAGGGCAAACUCAGCGGGAAAGAGGCGAUAAAAGUGUUACAAAUGUUGGGUAUUUUCUUCGUAAAGACAUCAAACAUAUAAAAAACAAGUAAACAAACAAUUGACUGAGUCUGCCACAAUUAAUCUGUCACAUUACACAUACAUACAUGUCACACAUAUAUAUAACUGAUAUUCCCAUAUAAUACAUAGUAUACAAUUUGCGCAUAUUUUACGCUCUCACGCGUAAACAUUGAUUUUUACGAUAAAAUGUUUCAAACAAAAGUUGUUUAUUUUUAUAUAAGAAACAUUUUUUACAUUUAAACUUUUUUCUAUCUCUAACGGUUUACAAGAUAGCUCCUAGAGACCCAA